CGACACGCAGGUUAUCUAUAAUUCUACGUUUACCUUUUUUUAUUAAAUUAUUCUUCUAAAUAUCUAAUAUCCAUAUUUUUUACAACCCACCGAAUUAUUUAGAACGGUUACGAAGACCCUGGAAUAAACUUGGUAACCGACAAUCGGAUCAAUUGGUGCAAAUAAUUAUUUUAUUGCAUUGAUAUCGAUCUUUUUUAAGAAUAAUUGAAACUUGAAGAUGUUGAAGGGUAUUGUAGCUUUGGUGACUGGCGGUGCCUCCGGACUAGGCCGUGGUACUGUAGAAAGAUUUAUUAAGCAAGGCGCAAAGGCAGUUAUUGCUGAUUUGCCUGUUUCAAAAGGCAAAACUGUAGCUGAGGAAUUAGGAGAGAAUGCAAUAUUUGCACCUAUGGAUGUAACUUCAGAAUCAGAUGUUCAAGCUGCUCUUGAGCUUACAAAACAAAAGUUCGGCAAGCUGGAUGUCUUAGUUAAUGCUGCUGGCAUUGCAAUUGCUUUUAAGACAUACAAUAGCAAUAAAAAACUCCCUCACAAAUUAGAGGACUUUUCUAAGGUUCUCCAAGUCAAUACAAUUGGUACUUUCAACGCCAUUCGCCUUUCUGUUGGUCUGAUGAUUGAAAAUACUCCUAAUCAAGAUGGUCAAAGGGGUGUAAUUAUUAAUACUGCAAGUGUCGCAGCAUUUGAUGGCCAAAUAGGCCAAGCUGCUUAUUCUGCUUCGAAAGGAGCAAUUGUAGGAAUGACCUUGCCAAUAGCUCGCGACCUUUCCAAGGACGGAAUUCGUGUCGUAACAAUUGCUCCAGGACUUUUUAACACUCCAUUAUUAAUGGAGUUGCCAGAGAAGGUGCGAAUUUUUCUAGCAAAGAGUAUUCCCUUCCCUCAAAGAUUAGGGAAUCCUGAUGAGUAUGCAAUGUUGGUGCAACAGAUUGUGGAAAAUCCACUACUAAAUGGGGAGACAGUUAGAUUGGAUGGUGCUCUAAGAAUGCAAGCUUAAAAGAUCAUCAGUCUUCCAUAUUAAUGGAAUAUUCCAUAUGGAAUUAAAUCACUAAAAUUUUUUUUUGUAUUUCUAUUUUC